GUCGUGGUUCGUGUUCUGGCGGCGAGCUGGAUCUUCCGUGGCCUGGAGUUGACAGUGAGACCUGCCGCUCCGGCCCCCUCUCCAACUUGCCUGAGUGGAGUGGCCCGCACUGACCAGGAGGGAACUCCCAGUUGGCCCAGCAUGAACUGGAAGGUUCUUGAACACGUGCCCCUGCUGCUGUAUAUCUUGGCAGCGAAAACAUUAAUUCUCUGCCUGGCGUUUGCCGGAGCCAAAGUAUACCAAAGGAAAAAAUUGGAAGCAAAACGGCAAAAACUGGAAGCUGAAAAGAAGAAGCAGUCAGAGAAGAAGGAUAACUAAAGGGAAAUCAAAGAUUUUGUAAUUUAAAUGUCAGCUUGAGUGGACUCCGGCUGAGAUGAAAGAUUUAAUUAUUGAAUGGUAUGUCAGAAGAUAAACUCCCAGCCUAUAGUCUAACUUAAAACGAUGUGAAUUUUUCUGUGCUUUUAAAAGAACCAGUAUUUUGUUUACUAAAAUAAAAUACCUUUGUAAAAAGUGUGUCUCCGGUCUUUGGAAUAAGCCAAAGUAGGUGUAUGUCUCUCUCUCCUUCUCCCUCCCUCCCUCUCCCUCUCUCUCUCUCUCUCUCUCUCACACACACACACACACACACACACACACACACACACACACCCCUCUGUGUAGUGAGAGGAGGGAAUUUUGUAUUUCUAGCAUCUCCUGGCUGUGGGUACCAGAUCACAGGUGCACCUCCACAGACGACGGGGCCGUAGCUGUCGCAUCAGCCUGCUGUCCCUCAGCCACCCCUCCAGCCCUCUAACCUGCUGCCCUAGUGCCUACGCUCCUUUCCUCCACUUUCUCUCCUCUGAGCACUUCGGCUCUUUCUUGUGUUUUCAUUGUUGGGGGGAGGGGCUGUUCGCUGCUCCAGGAGCAUCGUGCCUCUGCUGACCCGUGAGGUCCUUGCAGGGAGGGGUGCGGGAUGAGACCCUCCUGCCCCGGUGGGCACCAAGUCUAGGAGGAAUUGCCUGUUUGUGAGGAGGAAAGAGGAUCCCAGGUGUGCUUUGUCCUCUCCCCACCAGUCUGCUUGUUCCGAUUUGCUGAUAUGAGAUGAAGGGCGGGACAUGCCCAGCAGACUGUAAUAUUUGAGAGGAGUGGGGUCCAUAAGUCUUUUGACUCAGCCCCUAACCGACUGAGGUCUCUAUUAAAAGGUUCCUGUUUUUUCACUUCUCUCCAGAUACCACAGAGGAUGAGGAAUGAGGCAACAGUAGCCAAAGCCACAAAUAUGGUGGAAUGUUUGGUCUCGUUGCAGGCAGCCACGUGGAAAAUCUGUGCGAGGGCAUGUUAGUAGAUACUCCCCCUACCUCCCCCCUGCCCCACGCCAUCCUGGCUCAGGUUGGCAGAACUUGGAAUUUUAAGCAUGGGGAAUAAAGGGAAUUAUAUUUUUCUUAAGUUUUACUGUGAUUGCUGGCUGCUCCUAAUCACAAUUUAGAAAACAGAAUUUACACAGAAUCAAAGUUUUAAAUACAGGAGACUUUGACUCUACAAGCUACAAAUCCCAAAAUAGAAGGGGACUUUCCCUCAUGCUCGCACCUCAGCCUCCCUGCAGGAUGCUGCUCUGGCCUUUGCCUGGGAGCCUCGCGGUGGCCUGGGUCCCGUGCGGCAGGAGCAGAUGACCAGAGCAGAGGUGAAAUGCAGCCUGGCACCCUCGCUUCCCUGACCUGCUCAGGUAGGUCCAGAACUGACCCUGGGCCAUGGCCUAGCCUCCUGCCUUUGUCAGGGCGGACUCUGCCGCCUGGCGGGUGACCCCCCCCACCCUGCUCUAGGCUCCUGCGCUAGGGCCUCGGCCUCUGCUUCCUCACCUCUCUGCAGGAUGAGGGCAUCAUGGGCUCCCAGCACGCCUGGCAUCACACCCACUACCUCUGGGCACCCUUUCCUCAUAUGUACUUACACCUAUAUGCCUCGUAAAUCCCAGGGCAGGGGAUGAAGAGUGGCCUUGGCUUUUCACGGAGACCCUAUGCCCAUCUAGUAGAGGUUCAGGUUUAUUUUAAACACAGGUGUGUUUCUAGGCUUUGGGAUUUAGAACUCAGUUUUGGAAUUGGUGGAACUUCUGGCCGUCUUCUUGGAAAAUUCGGUAGCAGAUCAUCUAAGGAUAGGAAUAAACCAUUGACCACGCCCACAGGUUUUCUGUAAACGGUGUUUUGGGGUUUAAGUUAACCUUUCUGAUAUUCUCUUCUUCCACUAGGGGGAGAUAAUCACUAUAGUAAGUCCCCAACAUACGAACGAGUUCUGUUCUGAGAGUGCGUUCGGAAGUUCAAUUUUGUGUGUACGUCCCACAAAGUUAGCCUAGGUACCCAGCUAACACAAUCGGCUCUAUAGUACUGUACUGUAAUUGGUUUAUAAUACUUUUCGCGCAAAUAAUACAUAAA